AUGGCCAGUUCAGCCCGAGAACACCUGCUUUUUGUGCGACGUCGCAAUCCACAGCUACGAUAUACUCUGAGCCCGGAGAAUCUGCAGAGUCUGGCGUCUCAGGGCACCAUGGCGGAGAACAUGAACUUGCAGCGUGCCAACAGUGACACUGAUUUAGUGACUUCAGAUAGCAGGUCUAGUCUGACAGCCAGUAUGUACGAGUACACCUUGGGGCAGUCUCAGAACCUCAUCAUCUUCUGGGAUAUUAAGGAAGAAGUAGACCCAACGGACUGGAUAGGACUUUAUCAUAUCGAUGAGAACUCUCCAGCCAAUUUCUGGGAUUCCAAGAAUCGGGGAGUGACUGGCACACAAAAAGGACAAAUCGUAUGGCGAAUUGAACCUGGCCCCUAUUUUAUGGAAUCUGAAAUAAAGAUCUGUUUUAAAUACUACCAUGGUGUUAGCGGAGCCCUCCGAGCUACUACUCCAUGUAUCACUGUGAAGAACCCUGCUGUGAUGAUGGGAGUAGAAGGCACGGAUGAAGGUGCUUCUGGAGCCCAGCACUCUCGGAAGUUGGUCAGCUUUACCCUAUCAGAUAUUAGAGCAGUUGGGCUUAAAAAAGGCAUGUUCUUCAACCCUGAUCCUUAUCUAAAGAUGUCCAUUCAGCCGGGCAAGAAAAGUACAUUCCCUACGUUUGCUCAUCACGGCCAGGAAAGAAGGUCGACUAUCAUCAGCAACACAACCAAUCCGGUGUGGCACAGAGAGAAAUAUUCUUUUGUUGCACUUCUAACAGAUGUCCUGGAAAUUGAGGUUAAAGACAAAUUUGCCAAGAGUCGUCCGAUCAUCAAGCGCUUUCUUGGGAAGUUAACCAUACCAGUCCAGAGACUAUUGGAGAGACAUGCCAUUGGAGAUCAGGUUCUCAGCUAUAAUCUCGGCAGAAGGCUCCCGGCUGAUCACGUAAGUGGGUAUCUCCAGUUCAAAGUGGAAAUCACAUCUUCUGUUCACGAAGAUGCUUCGCCGGAAACAGUCGGCACUUUGCUAGGAGUGAACUCUGUAAAUGGAGACUUGGGGAGCCCCUCCGACGAUGAGGACAUGCCCACAGGGCAUCACGAUACGUCCACAGUGUGUUCCAAUGGUCCAGUCCUCGAGGAAUCUUCUGGAGAAACCAUCCUGAGACACCCUUUCAGGACUAGUAGAACUCUGGAAACGGACCAGGAUGAGUUGACCUCUGGUGCUUCAAGGUCGUCACCUACCAGAGGUCGCCAGGACUCGCUGAAUGACUAUCUGGAUGCAAUAGGACACAAUAAUCAUCCCAGACCUGGGACGUCUGCCUGUGGUGAGCGUCCACGUGGAGCCUCCCCAAAACUGAGGAGUAGCUUCCCUACUGACACGAGACUUAAUGCUAUGCUUCACAUUGACUCAGACGAAGAGGAGCAUGAGCUACACCAAGACCUGGGUUUUCCAUCUUCACUGGAAGAUGAUGGUGGCUUAGUAAUGCUUAAUGGUGCUACCAGAAAUGUUGAAAGAAAUGGUUUGAGUUACUCAUCGGAUCAGGUAAUGCAAGGGCCUGCAGAGAAUGAAAACGUUUCAGCCUCUGAAGCUGCUUUACCAUCAGCUGAUGACCAGCAGGAGACCCUCCCAGAGCUUCUGCAGACACAGUUAGCAGGAGGCGGAAGCCUGCAAGGUUCUCCAAGCGAAGGACCAGCAGACCAGGCUGGCAGCGAGUCGAGUGCUGCUCAGGAGGCAGAGCACCCUCCAGGCAGUGCGGACGCAGGAGCUGCCGAUACCGCUGCUGGGAGCAGAAGGGGCGUUAGUGAAACGGAGUCCGUCGAUCAAGGGUCUGAACCUUCCCAGAUGUCAUCAGAAACCGAGCAGAGUGAUCCUGCUCGCACGGAAAGCGUCAGCGAGGCCAGUACCCGGCCAGAAGGCGAGAGCGAUGCGGAAGGGGCAGACAGCUCUUGCAACGAAAGCGUGACGGUGCGGCGUUCCUCGGUUGAAAUGCGGUGUUCUCCUUGUGAAAGCGCCAGGUUUCCCGAGACUCCAGCCUUUUCUUCUCAGGAGGAGGAGGAGGGAGCUUGUGCCACCGAUGCGGCUAGAAUGGAGCCGGGUGCGGAAACACAGGACUCUGCAAGUCCUUCUGGUUCUCUGCCUGCGGUACAGCUGCCUCGGGAGGAAGCACAGGAGCCUGAGUCUCAGGAUGAAGAAACCCAAGGAGCCCAGGCGGCUUGCGAGGGUGCCACAGCGCAGGCAGAAGGAGCGACUGGAGGUUCUCAAGCCAAUGGCCAUCAGCCCUUGAGGUCGCUGCCUUCAGUACGCCAGGAUGUUAGCCGGUACCAGAGAGUGGACGAGGCUCUACCACCAAACUGGGAGGCUCGCAUUGACAGCCAUGGACGGAUUUUUUACGUGGACCACGUGAACAGGACAACAACGUGGCAGCGCCCCACAGCCCCCCCAGGUGCCUUUGGCCUUGUAAGGCUGAGUACUAUAUAUAAAGUCCAGUUUUCUGACCCUAGGUACCAGAGCAUCCGCAGAACGAUGACUAACGACAGGCCUGAGGAGCAUACAAAUGCCGUGGAUGGAGCUGGAGAGGAACCUGACUUUCAUCACUCUAAUGCAGAUUUUCGAAGAGAGAAUGUGCUGCCUCACUCUACCUCCAGAUCCAGACUCACUUUAUUGCUCCAGUCUCCUCCUGUGAAAUUCCUUAUCAGCCCAGAGUUCUUUACAGUGCUGCAUUCUAACCCUAGUGCCUACCGCAUGUUUACAAACAACACGUGUUUGAAGCACAUGAUCACCAAAGUCCGGCGGGACACCCACCAUUUUGAGCGCUACCAGCACAAUCGGGACCUGGUGGGCUUCCUCAACAUGUUUGCCAACAAGCAGCUGGAGCUGCCGAGAGGCUGGGGGAGGAAACACGACCAUCAGGGCAAGGCUUUCUUUGUUGACCACAAUUCCCGCACCACCACGUUCAUUGACCCGCGGCUUCCCCUGCAGAGCAGCAGGCCCACUAGCGCGUUGGUCCAUCGGCAGCACUUGACUCGGCAGCGCAGCCACAGCGCUGGGGAGGUCGGAGAGGACUCCCGCCAUUCGGGACCGCCAGUGCUGCCGAGGCCGUCCAGCACGUUCAAUACAGUCAGCAGAGCUCAGUACCAGGACGUGGUGCCCGUCGCUUACAAUGACAAGAUUGUUGCGUUUUUGCGGCAGCCCAAUAUCUUUGAAAUUCUGCAAGAGCGUCAACCAGAUCUUACCAGGAAUCAUUCACUCAGGGAGAAGAUCCAGUUCAUCCGGACAGAGGGAACACCUGGGCUGGUGCGUUUAUCCAGUGAUGCAGACCUUGUCAUGUUACUCAGCUUGUUUGAGGAGGAGAUAAUGUCGUACGUGCCGCCACAUGCCUUACUUCAUCCUAGUUAUUGCCAGUCCCCGAGAGGCUCGCCGGUGUCUUCGCCUCAGAACUCUCCGGGUACUCAGCGUGCCAACGCCCGGGCUCCGGCUCCCUACAAGAGAGACUUUGAAGCCAAGCUGAGGAACUUCUACAGGAAGUUGGAGACUAAAGGAUAUGGACAAGGCCCAGGGAAACUGAAAUUAAUCAUCAGGAGGGAUCACUUGCUAGAAGAUGCCUUUAACCAGAUCAUGGGCUACUCAAGAAAAGACCUGCAGAGAAAUAAACUCUAUGUCACGUUUGUCGGGGAAGAAGGGUUGGACUACAGUGGACCUUCAAGAGAAUUUUUUUUCCUGGUGUCUAGAGAGCUCUUCAAUCCGUAUUAUGGCUUUUUUUUAUAUUUUGCCAAUGAUACCUACACAGUGCAAAUAAGUCCCAUGUCUGCUUUUGUAGACAAUCACCAUGAGUGGUUCAGGUUUAGUGGUCGAAUUCUUGGUCUUGCUCUGAUACAUCAGUAUCUGCUAGAUGCCUUUUUUACACGGCCCUUUUAUAAAGCCCUCCUCCGAAUACUCUGUGACCUGAGCGACCUGGAGUAUCUCGACGAGGAGUUUCACCAGAGUUUGCAGUGGAUGAAAGACAACGAUAUCCAUGAUAUCCUAGAUCUCACGUUCACUGUCAAUGAAGAAGUUUUUGGGCAGAUCACAGAGCGAGAAUUGAAGCCAGGAGGUGCCAACAUCCCCGUCACUGAAAAGAACAAGAAAGAAUAUAUAGAAAGAAUGGUGAAGUGGAGAAUUGAGAGAGGAGUUGUACAACAAACAGAAAGUCUAGUUCGUGGUUUCUAUGAGGUGGUUGAUGCGAGGCUCGUGUCUGUGUUUGACGCCCGGGAACUGGAACUGGUCAUAGCUGGAACAGCAGAAAUUGACUUGAGCGACUGGAGAAACAACACGGAGUACAGAGGAGGCUAUCAUGACAAUCACAUCGUAAUUCGGUGGUUCUGGGCUGCUGUGGAAAGGUUCAACAAUGAGCAACGACUCAGACUUUUACAGUUCGUUACAGGCACGUCCAGCAUACCUUAUGAAGGAUUUGCCUCGCUGCGGGGGAGCAAUGGUCCGAGAAGGUUCUGCGUGGAGAAGUGGGGGAAGAUCACUGCUCUUCCAAGGGCUCACACUUGUUUCAAUCGUCUGGACCUUCCCCCUUAUCCAUCAUUCUCUAUGUUGUAUGAAAAACUGUUGACAGCAGUUGAAGAGACGAGUACUUUUGGACUGGAGUGA